UGCUGAGGGAAUUAGAAGCCAAGGAGAAGAAGACUGAAAAAAAACGUACCGGGAAUGAGCCAAGUCAGGCUUCUCCUCCCGCUCUGAUCAAUGGAGUCAACAUUGCCGGAACCCUAUUCGAAAAUCUUAGUGGGGAAGAUCUCUGGGAAAAGAAGUUAAGAGCCGAAGGAAAAAUAAGCGAUAAGAAAUUAGUAGAAUUAAUAGUUGAAAAAGCCCAAGACCGCGAAUACGAAAUUGUGGCCCACCAAAAAGAUUUGAUCCGGGCCCUCAAAAAAAUUCGUCGAGGGUAUGGGGAUAUAGUUAAGGCUCAAAA